AUGGUUUACGUGCGAGAGAAGUACCUGCCGAACUUGAAGCUAUACAAGUAUUCGUCAGUUGACCACUCCCUUGUCUCCAAGUACAUUCUCAAGCCUUUCUACACAAAUGUAGUCAUCAAGUGCUUUCCCAUGAGGAUGGCCCCCAACCUGAUCACCUUGACCGGUUUCUGCUUCGUCAUCGCCAACUUCUUCACCCUACUGUGGUACAACCCGACCCUCGACCAGAACUGCCCGCCCUGGGUGUAUUAUUCUUGGGCCGUUGGCCUGUUUUUGUACCAGACAUUUGAUGCCGUCGAUGGAUCGCAAGCACGUCGCACUCACCAGUCCGGCCCCCUCGGCGAGCUCUUCGACCAUGGCGUUGAUGCGCUGAACACGUCUCUCGAGGUCUUGAUCUUCGCUGGGUCUCAGAAUAUGGGUCACUCUUGGUACACGGUUGCAACGCUUUUUGCAUCUCUAUGCACAUUCUACGUCCAGACUUGGGACGAGUACCACACCAAGACAUUGACCCUCGGAAUAGUAAACGGCCCCGUCGAAGGUAUCCUCAUCCUGGUCUUUAUCUUUGCUUUCACCGGCUACAAGGGGGGCGCCAGCUUCUGGCAGCAGAGUAUGUUGGCUACACUCGGUGUGCCCAGCACCUGGGGCAUUCCCGAGGCCAUCUACCGCCUUAACUUCACGCAGUGGUACUUGGCCCAGGGUAUUCUUGUCCUUGCCUUCAACACGUACGAAUCUGCGCGUAACGUCAUCGAGGCUCGCAGAGCUAGAGGCGAUCGCAGCCGUGGCGCCUUGCUGGGUCUUGUGCCUUUCUUCGCCACAUGGGCGUGGAUCGUGGCCUACCUGUACCUGCAACCCCUCAUCCGCACACAGCACUUGGUUCCCUUCGUCGUCUUUGCCGGUCUUGUCAACGCGUACUCUGUCGGCCAGAUGAUCACUGCGCAUCUCGUGCGGCUGCCUUUCCCUUACUGGAACGUUCUCGUCGUACCUAUUGCUCUGGGUGUCCUGGACUCGGUCGGGCCACUCUUGCAGAAGCACAUCGGGUGGGCCUCUGGCUGGCCUAGUGCUCUUGGUGACGAUGUGUACCAGGUUGCCUUCAUGUUCAGCAUGCUCGGCAUGGCCGUUGGUGUCUACGGCAGCUUUGUUGUUGAUGUGAUUGUCACUAUUUGUGACUACCUCGACAUCUGGUGCCUGACUAUUAAGCAUCCUUACGUUGAGGGCCAGGAUGAUGCCAAGAAGAGCCAACAGGUGCAGAACUCGUCUGCCGGCGAAAAGAAGGAGCUGUGA